CGCACCUUCUGUCAUUCCAGUCCAGACUACGGAGAGAAAUGUUCCGGGAAUUUGUGAACUUUGUGUUUGUAUUUAAACGUGGGGUUUUGUGACAUAUUUGCUCCCAAAUGUCGCGAGUGGAUUUAUUCAGGACGAUCUUCCAACAACAUUUAAAAGUUCCAGAUGACGCUGUGAGUGAAGAAAAGUGCACCGUUUAUGAGUCGUCGACCAUCGACAGCGGCUUCAUUUCCGGUGAACUCCGGUCCGAAGAGAAAAUCACAGAGGAACUACAAGUCGAGGAACCACCACAAGAAAACUACAUGCGUCUGGACAGUGGGGUUGAUUUGUCUGAGAGUUUUUCCGGACUCCAUAUCAAAAAUCCGGACUGGAACGAUCUCUCCUGCGCCAAGAGCAAAAUCGCGGAACCACCUGUUGAAACAACUGCCAAAGACGACCUCUGGAAAGAGUAUUUCCAACAGGAUGAGGAUGGCGAUACGUUCCUCCACUUGGCUAUUGCUGAAGGCUUCGUCGAGGCAGUUUUAGCCUUGAUCAGGAAGGCUCCGCACCCUUUGUUCCUUGACACCCCCAAUGACAACGCCCAAACACCAAUCCAUCUCGCCGCCGCCAAACAGAACUGGAGGAUAGUCCGAUGGUUGGUGGUGGCGGGGGCCAAACCAUGUCCUAGAAACAUUCGAGGUGAUUCACCCUUACACAUAGCGGCCAGAAAUGGUGAUUUGCGGUGUUGUAAAGCCAUCACCGAUCCGGUACAAGAACAAGAAAGGAUAGCUUUAGGAUUAAAUUACCCCAAACAACCCUACCAUGAGAUCAAUCUCGACCAAUGGAAUUACGAAGGCCAGACCUGCGUGCACGUGGCCGCCAUCGAAGGCCACAUCGACGUUCUGCGCCACCUGGUGUGGUACGGCGCCGACAUCAACGCCCGAGAAGGUCGCCAGGGUUACACCGCCCUCCACUACUCGAUCGUACGGGGCGAUGAACGUCUGGCGCACUUUUUACUCUCCGAAUGCACGAAACUGAACGCCGACGCCGUCACCUACGGCGGCAACAGCGCCCUCCAGCUGGGCUUCCCGGUGCCGGCGACCAUCGCCGACGCUUUGAGGUCACGAGGAGUGCCGUCGCCCUUCUCCACCGACGACGAAUACAUCGACAGCGACAGCGAAUCCGAAUUGACCGCCGCCGCAGCGGCUUCGGCUUACGAAAAUUCAAUCUUCGUCCGGAAUUUGGUCGACGCCAGCGCUUAGAAAUCCGCGACGGAGACGAGGAGAACUAAAUCGAGCCUUCGGAGCGCGAAGCGAAGGAGGAAUCAGUUGCCAAAUAUUAGAUACUAACUGUGAUCGAUUUCGGUCCACAUGAAUGUGUUUUAGGGGAAGAAAUCGCACCGGAUUUAUUUUUUUAAUUUAUGAUUUUGUAUAUAGUGCAAUGGUACGAUUUCUUGCUCCACUAGGAGAAAUGUUCGAGACUCGUGACGAAUUAUGGAAUUUCUUUUGUGUUCUCGUGUAAAUUAUUAUUUCACAAUUGUACUUUUUUUGUUGUUGAAAUAUCAUUUUUGUACAUAGGCCACUAUUAGCGUUAACUCGAUUAUUUUUAGUUUACAUUUAGUCCUCUUCAAAAAAAAAAAAAACGACAAAUAUAAUAUAAA